ACCUGCCGCGCCUCCCCUCACACGCGCGCUCUCCCGCCUCGGCAAAACAAGCGAAGACCCCCGCAGUCAGAACCGGAGGAAAAAUGCUUUCGAUUUCUGUCCUCCCCAUCCCCACCCAUGCCUGCAUGGCUGUAAUAUCCGGCGGCUCUCCUGCUUCCAAAGGGAACAGUUUCCUGAGGAACCAGACGCUGGUGGAGCGCGCGAGGGGCGAGCGAGAGCUGCUGAGAACUUGUCCCCAGACCGCAGCGCCAGCGCCACGUUACCAUGGCCACUGAACCCAUCAUGAUGGCACCCAUUUGUCUAGUGGAAAACCAGGAAGAACAGCUGAACCUGAAUCCAGAAGCAUUACAGAUUCUUAAUAAGAUUUCUCAGCCUGUGGUGGUGGUGGGCAUUGUAGGGCUGUAUCGGACCGGAAAAUCCUACCUGAUGAACUGCCUGGCAGGACAGAACCAUGGCUUCCCCCUGGGUUCCACAGUGAGGUCUACAACCAAGGGUAUUUGGAUGUGGUGUGUACCCCACCCCUCUAAGCUGAACCACACCCUGGUCCUUCUGGACACUGAGGGUCUAAGUAACUUGGAAAAGGAAGACCCUAAGAAUGACUCAUGGAUCUUUGCCCUGACUGUGCUUCUGAGCAGCACCUUGAUCUACAACAGCAUGGGCACCAUCAACAGCCAGGCCCUGGAGCAGCUGCACUAUAUGACUGAACUAACGCAGCUGGUCAGGGCAAAGUCCUCCUCAGACUACACUGGGGUAGAGGACUCUGCCAAGUUUGUGAGUUUCUUUCCAGACUUUAUUUGGGCUUUACGAGAUUUCACAUUGGAGAUGAAGAUAAAUGGAUACUCCGUAACUGAAGAUGAGUACCUGGAGGAUGCCUUGAAGCUGCUUCCAGGCACAAAUCCCAAAAUCCAAAAUUCCAACAUGUCCAGAGAGUGUAUCAGACAGUUCUUUCCAAAACGGAAGUGCUUCAUCUUUGACCGGCCUACAAAUGACAAAAAUCUCUUAGCCCAUAUUGAGAACGUGCCAGAAGACCAGCUGGACAGUAGUUUCCGGGAGCAAUCAAACAAAUUCCGUACCUAUGUUUUCACUCAUACAAAGACCAAGACCCUACGAGAGGGAAUCAUUGUCACUGGGAACCGGCUGGGGACUCUGUUGAAAGCCUAUGUGGAUGCCAUCAAGACGGGAGAAGUUCCUUGCUUGGAGAACGUGGUGACAGCUCUUGCCCAGCGUGAGAACUCAGUGGCCGUGCAGAAGGCAGCCGACCACUACAGCGAGCAGAUGGCCCAACGAGUGAGUUUCCCCACAGACACACUCCAGGAGCUGCUGGAUGUGCAUACAGACUGCGAGAGGGAAGCCAUUGCAGUCUUCAUGGAGCAUUCCUUUAAGGAUGACAAGCAGGAGUUCCAGAAAAAUCUCAUGGACAUGAUAGAAAAAAAGAAGAAAGAUUUCUUGCUGCAGAAUGAAUACACAUCUGUUAAAUAUUCCCAGGCAAAGCUUCAGCAACUUACAGAGCCCCUGAUGAAAAGCAUCUCAACAGGAACUUUCUGUGUUCCUGGAGGGCACAGUCUCUACUUAGAAGCAAAGAACAAGGUUGAAUGGGACUAUAACCUAGUGCCCAGGAAAGGGGUUAAGGCAGAUGAAGUUCUCCAGCACUUCUUACAGUCCCAAGUGGCAAUAGAGAAAUCCAUCCUGCAGGGAGACAAAGCCCUCACCUGUCAAGAGAAGGCGCUCGCAGCUGAGCGGGCUAAGAAGGAGGCAGCUGAGAAGGAGCAGGAGCUGCUAACUCAGAAACACAAGGAGCAGCUGCAAAAAAUGGAGGCUCAAGAGAGAGGCUUCAGGGAAAACAUAGCCCAACUGAGAGAGAAGUUGGAGAAGGAAAGAGAAAGUCUUCAGAGAGAACAGGAAAAAAUGCUGAUGCACAAGCUGAAGGUCCAAGAAGAACUUCGUAAUGAGGGAUUUGAAAAGAAAUCUGAGAAGUUGCGUAGAGAGAUACAGCUACUAAAAAAAGAGAUUGUGGCAAAUAAAGAUAAAUAUUUGUUGGGUCAGUGGAUUAUUGAUGUGACUGAUGGAGUAUUCAGUAAAGAAACGCCAGAUCAUACUGAGCGGGCUAAGAAGCAGGCAACUGAGAAGGAGCAGGAGCUGCUAACUCAGAAACACAAAGAGCAGCCACAAAAAAUGGAGUCUCAAGAGAGAAGCUUCAGGGAAAACAUACCCCAAAUGAGAGAGAAGUUGGAGAAGGAAAUAGAAAGCCUUCUGAGAGAGCAGGAAAAAGUGCUGAUGCACAAGCUGAAGAUACUAGAAGCUUCCGGUUUCCAGCGACAAAAAGCACAGAUUCCCUGAGGAUAUCAUUGUGUGUGAUGAUUUUUAUCAGCUGAAGAAUUGCAUCAAAUAGAUUGAUGGCCUGAAACUGCUUAAAGUCUGCAUUUCCAGGAACUCGAUGUGGUUUAGGAUAUCAUCAGUUUGGGGCUCCUUCUUCUUAUGUUUCAGGAUGCUAAAUAGGACUCUUCUGUUAGGGGUCCACUAAGUGUCCUGGACUGAGAACACUAGGUGCCAAAUAACUAAUUCCCAAGCAAGGUGCCACAUCAGCUUUUACAGUUAGGUUAAACUCAAGACAGUAGAAGAAAAAUAAUAUGAUUAUAUCAGUUAAUGAAGAAAAAGCAUUUGACAAAAGUCUAACACUCACUCGUGAUGAAACCUUUCACAAAUUAGGAAUAGUGGGGUAUUUCCUCAAUUUGAUAAAGAAUAGCUGAAAAAAACCUACAAGCAUACUUAAUGGUGAAAAGCUAGAUGCUUUCCCGUAAGAUUAGGAACAAGGCAAUGAUGUCUGCUUUCACUUCUAUUGAACAUCAUACUGGAAGUCCUAAUGAAAUAAGACAAGAAGAGAAAAGGAAAGAUAUAUAGAUUUUUUUAUGUAGAAAGUCUCAAAACAUCAUCAACAACAACAAAAAAUUCCUGGCACUAAUAAGUGAUUAUAGCAAGGUUGCAGGAUACAAGGUUUACAUACAAAAAUCAAUUGCUUGCUUAUACAUCAGCAAUGAACACGUGGAAUUUGAAAUUAAUAACACAAUAUCAUUUAUGUUAGCACUCCUGAGAAAGAAAUACUUAGGUUAUACAUCUGAAAAAAAAAUAUGUGUAAGGUCUAAUGAAGAAAAUAACAACUCUGUUGAAAGAAAACAAAGAAAAUCUAAAUAAAUGGGAACACUCAGUAUUGUCAAGAUGUCAGUCCUAUAGAUUCAAUAUAAUCCCAGUAAAAAUGCCAGCAAGUUAUUUUGUGGAUAUUGACAAACUAAUUCUGAAGUUCAUAUGGAGACGCAAAAGACCCAGAAUAUACAGCAAAUACUGACAGAGAGGAAAAUGUCAGAAACUGAAACUACCCAGCUUUAAGACUUACUAUAAAAUUAUAAUAAUCAAGACUGUGUGGCACUGGAAAAAGAAUAGACAAGUAGAUCAAUGGGACAGAAUAGAGGGCCCAGAAAUAGACUCACACAACUAUGGUUAACUGAUCUCUGACAAAGGAGGAAGAGCAAAUCAGUGGAUAAAGCAUAAUCUUUUCAAUAAAUGCUGCUGGAACAACUGCACAUUCAUAUACAAAAAAAAAAAGGAAGGAAGGAAAAGAAAAAGAAUCUAGACACAGAUCUUACAAUUUUGACAAAAAUGAAUUCAAGUUGGAUCAUAGAUCUAAAUGUAAAACAUAAAACUCCUAGAAGAUAACAUAGAGGAAAAACCUAGGCGACCUUUGGUUUAUUGAUAACUUUUUAGAUACACUACCAAAAAUCACAAUCAAUGAAAAGAAAAUUGGUAAGUUGUACUUCAUUGAAAUUGAAAACUUUUGAUGUUCAAAACACAGUAUUCAAAGAGUGAAAUGACAACGUACACAUUAAGAGAAAAUUUACAGAAAACAUGUCUGAUAAAGAACUGAUGUCCAAAAUACACAAACAACUCUUAAAACUCAAGAAUAAGAAAACAACCCAAUUUAAAAAUGGGCAAAAGGUCUGAACAGGCACCUCACAAAGAUUCACAGAUGUCAAGCAAGCAUCUGAAAGGAUGCCCCACAUCAUAUGUCUUUAGAGAACCCUACAUUAAAACCACAAUAAGAGGGGCACCUGGGUGGCAUAGUCAGUUAAGCUUCCAACUUUGGCUCAGAUCAUGAUCUUGGCAGUUCGUGAGUUCAAGACCCGCUUUGGGCUCUGUGCUGACAGCUCAGAGCCUGGAGACUGCUUCAGAUUCUAUGUCCCCCCAUCUCUCUGCCCCUCCCCUGCUCUCUCUCAAAAAUCAACAUUACAAAGGAAAAAUUCUAUCUUUUGGGAUGCGCACUGGGUGUUGUAUGGAAACCAAUUUGACAAUAAAUUUCAUAUAUUAAAAAAUAAAAUUAAAAAAUAAAAAAAUAGAGAAUAUUUACAUAUGUCAAAAAAAAAUUGUAAAAAUAAUUUUACAAAAAUUAAACCACAAAAGAUACCACUAAACACAAACCAAAAUGGCUAAAACCUAGAAUGCUGACGACACCAAACACUAGUAGAAGAUAUGAAGUGAUAAUAACUCCCAUUCAUUGCUGUGGGACUGCGAAAUGGUUUGGCCAUUUUGGAAGACAUUUUUGUAGUUUCUCUCAGUGCUUAACUUACCAUCUGAUCCAGGGAUUGUGCUCCAGUUAUUUACCAAAAUGAGUUGAAAAUUUACAAAAAACCUGCAUACAGAUGUUGAAAGUAGCUUUAUAUAUAAUUGCCAAAACUUAGAAGCAACCAACAUAUGCUUCAGCAGGUGAAUAGAUAAACAAAUUGUGAUAUAUCUGGUCAAUGGAAUGUUAAUUCAAUCCUAAAAAGAAAUGGGCUCUCAAGGCACAAAAAGACGUAAGCAAACUUCAGUACAAUUUGCUAAGUGAAAAUUUCAGAAGCCCAUCUGAAAGGCUACAUAUUGUCAUCCAACUAUAUGACAUUCUGAAAAGGUAAAACAGUAAAAAUACCAGUGGUUGCUAGAGGCUCAAAGGGAUGAAGCGUGGUAUGAAUAGCUGGAGGUCUUUUGGGAAAUGAAACUAUUCUGUAUGUACAUACAUAUAAAACAUACAAAAUGUACCACACUAAGUGAACUCUAAUAUGGAAUUUAGUUAAUAAUCUUUCAACAUUGAUUCAGCAUUCAUAACAAAUGUACAUGCUAAUGUAAGAUGGAAAUAAUUGGGGAAAACUGGGGGGUGGAGUGGGUUAAGGGAUAUAUGGAAACUCUUACUUUUUGCUUUAUUUAUGUAAACCUAAAACUGAUCUAAACAAAAUAAAAUCUUAAUUUAACAUAAUGCA